AUGCCUUCAGAGAUGGAAGACUGGACAGUGGACAAAUUUGUACAAAGUAAUGGGGACUGGAACUGGAGUUUGAUAAACCAAUUUGCAGCAACUCAGUCCUGCGAAGCUAUAGCAAACAUCAUGCCACCCACUCCUCAGGAUGGCCAGGAUGUGUGCAAUAUGGGAACAAAAAAUGCAGUGGAGUCACGUUGGGACUGGAACCAGUUGUUCGGAACCACAACAUGGUUAAUAUGGAAGGCGCGUAAUGAUCUGGUUUUUAAUCAUAAAAGUACAAACCAAGAUGCUCUUAUUAGGGGAGCGAAGAUUUACAUCUCCAACUUGAACGAUGCGAGAGGUGGAGCUCAAUCGAGUUGUGGUGGAGCCUUCAGAGACGACGCUGGAAGAUGGGUAGCAGGUUUUAGUAGGAACUUGGGUAGAGGUUCUGCACUAAGGGCUGAAAUUUGGGGUCUUCUUAGUGGAAUAGAAAUGGCCUGGGACUUGGGGUGCAGGAAACUCUGGAUUGAAGGGGAUUCUAAAGUGGCAAUUAAUCUCAUUACUUCGGGCUGUGAUCCAUGUCACCCAGUUGCUGCCCUGAUCAAACGGAUCAAUUCCUUACUACAAAGGAUGUAG